AUGGCGGAGAUAAGCCAUCCUCCAAUGGAGCAGCUUCAAGACCUUGAAUAUUGCAUCGACUCUAAUCCUCCUUGGCCUGAAACAGUGUUACUAGCAUUUCAAAACUACAUUCUAAUGCUUGGAUCAAGUGCUUUUAUACCCGCAUUGCUCGUACCAGCAAUGGGUGGGAGUGAUGGGGACAAAGCGCGGGUUAUGCAGACGCUACUCUUUGUUGCUGGAAUCAAGACACUUCUCCAAGCACUUUUUGGUACAAGGUUGCCUGCUAUUGUUGGAGGCUCCUUUGCUUUUGUAGUUCCCAUUGCUUACAUCAUUAAUGACUCAUCCUUGCAGAGGAUCUCCAAUGAUCAUGAGAGAUUUAUUCACACCAUGCGAGCCAUACAAGGGGCACUAAUCGUAGCAUCAAGCAUACAGAUCAUUCUUGGCUACAGCCAAGUAUGGGGUCUCUUCUCAAGGUUUUUCAGUCCGCUAGGAAUGGCACCAGUUGUUGGAUUGGUUGGUCUCGGAAUGUUCCAGAGAGGAUUUCCCCAGCUCGGGAACUGCAUUGAGAUUGGACUACCAAUGCUAUUGCUUGUCAUCGGAUUAACCCAAUAUCUAAAACAUGUCAGACCAUUUAAAGAUGUCCCAAUAUUUGAAAGAUUUCCGAUAUUGAUCUGUGUAACAUUUGUUUGGAUCUACGCCAUAAUCUUGACUGCGAGUGGAGCUUACAGAGGCAAGCCAUCGCUUACACAGCAUAGUUGUCGCACAGACAGAGCAAAUCUUAUCUCAACAGCUCCAUGGUUCAAAUUUCCAUACCCUCUCCAAUGGGGGCCUCCAACAUUUUCAGUAGGUCACUCAUUUGCUAUGAUGUCUGCGGUUCUUGUAUCCAUGGUUGAGUCUACUGGAGCUUACAUGGCGGCUUCAAGAUUAGCCAUAGCCACGCCACCUCCUGCUUAUGUGUUGAGUAGAGGCAUUGGAUGGCAGGGCAUUGGUGUGUUGCUUGAUGGUCUAUUUGGAACAGGCACAGGUUCUACUGUUCUUGUAGAGAAUGUAGGACUUCUUGGGUUAACACGAGUUGGAAGCCGUCGUGUUGUUCAAGUCUCUGCAGGGUUCAUGAUUUUCUUCUCUACAUUGGGCAAAUUCGGGGCUGUUUUUGCGUCUAUACCAGUCCCGAUAUACGCAGCAUUGCACUGUGUGCUCUUUGGCCUUGUCGCUGCAGUUGGUCUCUCAUUUCUUCAGUUCACAAACAUGAACAGCAUGAGAAACUUGAUGAUCACUGGUCUCUCGCUCUUUCUGGGAAUCUCCAUACCUCAGUUCUUCGUUCAGUACUGGGAUGCUAGACAUUAUGGGCUAGUUCACACAAACGCAGGAUGGUUCAAUGCUUUCUUGAACACGGUGUUCAUGUCUCCAGCGACGGUGGGUCUGAUCAUUGCGGUUUUCAUGGACAACACAGUGGAAGUAGAGAGAUCAAAGAAAGACAGAGGAAUGCCUUGGUGGGUCAAGUUUAGAACUUUCAGAGGAGAUAACCGCAAUGAAGAGUUCUACACUUUGCCCUUUAACCUCAACAGAUUCUUCCCUCCUACUUAG